AUGUCCCGCAACAAGCCUCGUCCACCACCUCAGAAACCACCAACAUUUACCACAGAUACAAGCACGAUCCUCACAGACCUCGAGCGCAUAAUCGCAAACUCUCGAAAAGUGCAAGAAAUCAUCUUGACCACUAUAGAACCAGAGUCUGCAACUUUCGCGAAUGUGAUCUUACCGCUCGCUCGCAACCAAAACUCUGUUUCUUGUCAGCUCCCUUUGCUGAGCUUUUACGAAGCAGUUUCGCCAGAUGAAACUCUUCAGGAUGCUUCUGCCGAAGCCAAGAAGUUGUAUGCGGAGUUUGAGAUUGAGACGAAAAUGCAUGAGGGUAUGUUCGCAUUGAUUGAUGCAGUGGUAAAGAAGAAUGAGGAUUUGGAGGCAGAGGACAGGCGACUGUUGGAAAGAUAUCAUAGCGUGUAUCUUCGGAACGGUCUUGGUAUGCCCCACGAAAAUCGCGAUCCUUUCAAGGAUAUUCAGAAGCAACUCCACCAAUUGACGAGUGAGUUUGAGAAAAACUUGAGAGAAGGAAACGAGGGUGUGUGGUUCAGCAUCGAAGAAUUGGCUGGCGUGCCUGAUGAUCUGGUGUCCUCUCUGACUCGGGACGACCAACACGAUGGGAAAGUGCUACUGACCUUUGGCUUUCCGCAUCUAUCCACAGCGAUGAAGUAUGCGACAAACAGUGAAACUCGCCGGAUAUACUUUACCGCCUACGAGAACAAGUGUCCCAAGAACGUUCCCAUGUUCAAAGCAAUCAUGGUUCUCAGGCACGAAUCUGCUCAACUCCUCGGAUAUGCCAAUUACGCCGCUUUCCGGAUUGAGGACAAGAUGGCCAAGAGUCCAGAAACCGUGAUGAAUUUUCUCGACGACUUGUACUCGAGACUUUCUGCUGGGGUCGAAAGCGAUGUUGAUGAUUUGAAAAAGCUCAAGAGCAGAGAUCUCGGAAUGCGCGGCGAAGUUUCCGAUGGAAAAUUAUAUCUCUGGGAUCAUCCGUUCUAUAAUCGUAUUAUGCUCGAGACGGAACAUUCAGUCGAUCGACAAAAGAUUGCAGAGUACUUUCCUCUGGAAACAACAGUCACGGGCGUCAUGGGUAUCUUUUCCCAGCUUUUUGGCAUGGUGUUCGAAGAGAUUGUCGAGGAGCACAGGGACGCUCUCUCACCCACAGGUAACGGUGAAGAUCUUGUCUGGCAAGAGGACGUCCAGUUAUAUGCUGUCUGGGAUGAUGAUCAAGAGGGCGGUUCCUUCCUCGGAUACCUCUAUCUCGAUCUCUACCCGCGCAAGGGGAAAUUCGGAGGCAUGUGCAACAUGAAUCUGCAAUGCGUAAGCUUUUUCCCUCGCAACUUCCCUUCCACAACCAGCUCAUAUUCGAAUCCAGNNGGUUUCGAGCAAGAAGACAGCACUCGCCACUAUCCAGCCACCGCACUACUCUGCAAUUUGCCCAAGCCAACUGCGACCAAGCCAUCGCUUCUCACCCACGAACAAGUCCAGCUUUUCUUCCACGAACUAGGCCACGGCAUCCACGAUCUCGUCGCCCGCACAAAGUAUUCUAUUUUCCACGGUACAGCCACCGUGGACGACUUCUGUGAGGCCCCGUCUCAGAUGCUGGAAUUCUGGUGUUGGGUACCACAACUCUUGCAAUCGCUGAGCCAUCACUACACAUACCUAUCCCCCGAUUAUCUUGCUGCUUGGAAGAAGGAAAAUCCUUCCACAAGCCCACAGCCAGAAAAGCACAUCCCCAUCAGCACAAUCGAACAACUCGUCAAGGCAAAAAAUGUAAACGGGAGUCUAUUCCAAAGCCGUCUCUUACAUCGCAGCUACUUCGAUAUGAUUGUGCAUCAACCAUCUACCCUGCAANAAAUCCUCGACAUGGAUAUCGCAGAGCAGUGGAAUGGUCUGCAAGGCCGAGUUUCUUAUCUCGAUACUGGUGACGAGUAUAAAGGGCUAGGAUAUGCGAAUUUCGAUGCUGUGAUUCGUGUUUAUGAUGCCGGAUUUUAUGGUUAUCUGUAUGCAAGAGUGUAUGCUGCGGAUAUGUUCUAUUCUGUCUUCAAGGAUGAUCCCAUGGAUAAAGCACAGGGAAGAAGAUAUAGACGCACGAUACUGGAANAAGGGGCUAGUGUCGAUGAGAUGACCACCUUGGUGGAGUUCUUGGAUCGUAAGCCCAGCGCAGAAGCAUUCUACAGAGAGUUGGGUGUGGAGUGA